CUUUAAAGCAGGGGCUGACACAAUAAUGAUAAAGUGCACAGCAACGGCAAGGUCUAAGAGUAUUCGACAGGUUGAAGAGAGAUGUCUUCAGGGUUGGCUGUGUUGUGUCUCAUGCUCCUACACACAGGAGCUCAGGGGUUUGGGAUAUUGUCGGGAAAGUCUCUAAAUCAUCAGGAAAUAACAGAGAGAGCGAUUUUAAAUACUAUUGUGCAGGUGUGCCGUGAGCUGGCCCAAGCUGAGGGGACAGACUUCACAGUUCCUGCACAGCCUUUCACUGCGGAGGCGGUUGCUGUAGCCUGUGGCACGCCAAAAUCAUCCAAGAGUUUCAGCCAAGCCAUUACAUUCAUCACCUUGAUGAACAUACGGGUGGACAUCCGUCAUGCCCUAAAUGCAAGCUUCCACUUUGAUGAAGAAAUGUUUGUUCAAGGAAGGAAAAUCAUCACUGAGGGAAUACUGGCUGUCAAAGCAAGCAACAAGCAAGAAAAUUAUGAGUCAGCGAGACAAAAACUGGCAGAGAUUUUUCAUCCUUUACAGGAUUUCUACAGUCACAGCAACUGGGUGGAAAUGGGAAACAAACUUCCAAACUCCAAUCUGAUCAAAUCAGACACCAGCAUUGGUAACAUAGCAGAUGAAAGCAGGGCAACGUGUCGUAACUGUGAUGGAGACAACUGCAGGAACAACAUUUUGGAGGACGUCAUAAACGAGAGGAUACUGACCUCUGGAUAUUUUGGUAUUGUGCCUUUUGUCUCAACCAAACCAAAAGGAAAAUGCAGUCACGGAGGAUUUGUUGAUCAAACAAGUAACAUCGAGCCUAAAGGUGGAAUCAACAAAGACACUUUCGGAUCCAGCCACGGACACCUGCACACCGAUGCAGCGAAUAUGGCGAUAGCUGCAACCGGCGAGCUACUAGAGGACAUUCGAGGGGCUGCUGGUGACCGACCAUUCCUACAGAUGAUGGGAAUCUCCAAAGGAUCCAGUAAAGCUCUUUGUUUCGUGAUCGACACCACAGGAAGCAUGAGUGAUGACAUAGCAACAGUGAGGAACGUCACUUCCUUUAUAAUCAACAGUGAAGUGGGAACAGAGAAUGAGCCCUCAGUUUACAUUCUCGUACCUUUCAGUGAUCCAGAUUUUGGGCCGCUGACAAAGACUACAGACCCAAAACUCUUCAAGGCUAAUAUUGAUUCACUGUCAGCAUCUGGUGGAGGAGAUGAGGAGGAACUGAGUCUUUCAGGGCUUCAGCUGGCUUUAACUAGUGCUCCUUCAAAUUCUGAGAUCUUCCUCUUCACGGAUGCUCCUGCUAAAGACAUCUACCUGAAGAGCACAGUGGUUGCACUCAUAGAGCGGACACAAACAGUAGUUAACUUCAUGAUUACUGACUCAUCAGUGAGCAAUCGUAGGAGGCGGAGUGAUGACAAACAAAACAAUAGAAUAGCAGCAUCAGAUGCCCAGCUGUACAGAGACCUGGCUCAGGCUUCAGGAGGUCAGGCUAUUGAAGUCACAAAAAGUGAGCUCCCUACGGCCGUCAGCAUCAUAACAGACUCCUCCAGCUCAUCUCUGGUGACCCUUCUGCAGGCAGCCAGGAGCCCAGGAAAGGCAGAUAAUUUUUCUUUUAUAGUUGAUGAAACUGUAAUAAACCUUACAGUUUACAUCACUGGGCGCUCCGUCACCUUCACUCUCAUCAGCCCCACAGGUCAGAGUCCUAUUGACUUCCUGUUUGACUUUGUGGAGGCAUCGCAGGGCCUGUUCCAGGGAUUUGAUGCUCUUGAAACACGUCCCAGAGCUGGUGUCAAUGGUAGCUUGUUGGUGUCUGUAACGGGGAGUGACUCCGCCACCGUGACAGAAGUCACUCUGGUUCAAUCGUCAGGGUCAGAGGAGAUUAAAGGAGUUGUGGUACCACAGGAGAGCGGGAACUUCUUAGUUCAGGUUGACAGGAUGCCAGCAGGGGAGUUUGGGGUACGGAUGAAGGGGCAGGAUGACAGUGUUACCUCCAGAGCUUCAGUCGUCUUCCAAAGGCAGUCAUCCACCAACUUCAGAUCCUCCAAUCUGACUAUUAGUGCGGAUUCAAAUAGCAUCUUGGUACCAGGAACGCCAUUUUCUGUGCCCUUCUCUGUGAUGACCUAUGGAAUGGAGGGAAACUACACCAUCCGAGCCACCAACAAUCGACGUUUUGACUCAACAUAUCCAACCAGUUUAUUCCUGGAAGCUAGAAACAGUACUAAUGGUACAGUGACCCUCUCGGCACCUAUUAGCACCCCAUCGGGUACUGACAUCACCCUGACCAUUGAGGCUGAGGCUCCGGAUGGCGGAGAUACAAACUAUGUUGUGCUGCGUUUCUCAGUCCUUAACCCGGUGACUGACCAGGAAGGUUCAACAGCUGCUCUCUCUUUCUCCACCAAAGUCACGCAGUCGCCCAUUCUCUGCCUAAGCAUCAUGGUGUUAGGGCUCUGUAUACUGACAGAACUAGACAUCCAGUGACUCCAUGUCAAAGUUGUGUUUGAUUUCAUCUUUACAACUCAAACUGAUUUUCUGGCUAUGUGCAUACUGUUUGCUUAGCUACUA